CAAAAUUACGAAUUUUCGUUUUCGUGGCUUCGGCGCCGACAAAUUUCAGAAUACUGAAUUUGACACGCUUUCGACUUAUUUUCGGACUCAGAUAAACAUAAUAAGUUGUGUUUAUUACUAAGUUAUUUAUUACACUUUCAGUAAAAGUUAAAAACAGCGAAGAAAACUGCAAAAAUGAGUACAAUAUUGGAAAAGAUCGCCGCCAUAGAGUCCGAGAUGGCUCGGACACAAAAAAAUAAAGCCACUGCUCUCCAUUUAGGUCUGCUAAAGGCCCGUUUGGCUAAAUUAAGACGUGAAUUGAUCACUCCAAAAGGUGGCGGCGCUGCCACCGGUGAAGGUUUCGAUGUUGCCAAAACCGGUGAUGCUCGGAUUGGUUUCGUGGGGUUCCCAUCAGUGGGCAAGUCAACCCUGCUGUCCAACUUGGCUGGUGUCUAUUCUGAGGUGGCGGCAUACGAGUUCACAACUCUUACCACUGUGCCCGGUUGUAUUAAAUAUAAGGGAGCUAAGAUACAGUUACUGGAUCUGCCUGGUAUUAUUGAAGGAGCCAAAGACGGCAAGGGUCGAGGUCGUCAAGUGAUAGCAGUGGCCCGCACCUGCAGUCUAAUCUUCAUAGUGCUGGACGUGCUGAAGCCAUUGCAGCACAAGAAGCUGCUGGAACACGAGCUGGAAGGCUUCGGGCUUCGGCUCAACAAACAACCACCUAACAUACACUUUAGGAAAAAAGACAAGGGAGGGAUCAACUUGAAUACCACAUGUCCACAAUCAGAACUGGAUGUGGAGACAGUAAAGACAAUACUAUCUGAGUACAAGAUUCAUAACGCGGACAUAACCCUACGCCACGACGCCACCAGUGACGAUUUGAUCGACGUUAUUGAAGGCAACCGGAUAUAUGUGCCUUGCAUCUACUUGCUCAAUAAGAUUGAUCAAAUAAGCAUAGAGGAGCUCGACGUGAUAUACAAAAUCCCUCACUGCGUACCAAUCUCCGCCCAUCACAAAUGGAACUUCGACGACUUACUGGAGAAGAUGUGGGAAUAUCUGAAGCUCAUCAGGAUAUACACCAAGCCCAAAGGGCAGUUACCGGAUUAUAACGCUCCUGUUGUAUUGCACGCUGAUAGAACCAGCGUGGAGGACUUUUGUAAUAAGCUACACAGAUCUAUUGUUAAAGAGUUUAAAUAUGCCUUAGUGUGGGGAUCUUCCGUGAAGCAUCAGCCACAGAAAGUGGGCAUCGACCAUAUACUAGCAGACGAAGAUGUUGUCCAAAUUGUUAAGAAAGUCUAACCCAACCACCAACCAUGUUUAACAGAAUGAAGUACCAAAAGAAACUAGUACACGUCACGAAAGUUGAAAAUGACUGCUAGUACGCAGGUUGGCUACUCAAGACUUAAUUUUUGUCAGAUAUUGGUUUUUAUUCAGCUUAUAAAAAAUGAAUUUUUAGGGUUCCGUACCUCAAAAGGAAAAACGGAACCCUUAUAGGAUCACUUUGUUGUCUGUCUGUCUGUCAAGAAACCUAUAGGGUACUUCUCGUUGACCUAGAAUCAUGA